CCAACAUCGCCGGCGGCCAUUGGCAUCACCACCCCGCCGCCAUGCCUCGAUCUCUUGCCCGGCUGCGGUACAAGCCGCCACUACAACCCAUCUCCUUCGCCAGCCCCACCGCCGUCAGCCGUGUCACCCCUCAGCAUGUUGCGCACAUGCAAAAGCAAAUAGCCGCUUAUGUUGAAAGGCAGUCAAAUCCACAGCACCUCCGCCUCCAAACCGUCGUGAACGAAAAGGCGAGACGGCAAGCGACCGGUCAGCAUGUCAUCUCGCCGGUCAAGCCCUACACACUACGUGACGUGGUAGACCCAGAAGGCACUGCCAAGCACGGCGAGAUUAUCUACAUUUUCCGCAACACCAGGUCGAACCAGAUUAUCUACUCGCUGCAGGAACUCUUGGAUAACCACCACCUCGAACAACUUCCCUUCAUCGGCAAGCACUCUAAACCACCCGCCCUACGUCCUGACGAAUGGGUGCCCCACUGCGUCCUCACCUUCCCUACCCCCAGCCAAGGCUACAAUGCUUUCCGCAAGCUACGCGAAUUCCGCAGACUGCACGAGACUGCCUGGGACAAGACGAAUCCCGAAUUCAAGCGCAUGGAUAAGAAGACGAGGGUCAAGAAGAUCAUGGACCAGCGCGCCAACACCAGCGCCGACUUGGCCGAGGUGCUGCGGAUACAAGAGGUGCAUGGAGCCCAGACGACGGAAGAGCAGUUAGAGCAAGAGAAGAAAGCAUCGGCUUUCCUCGACAAGCGAUGGGAACAGAUCGAUGCCCUGGCGAAUGCGGGGCUGGCCAAGGCAAAGCCCACGGACAACGUCAAGUGGCUGCAGGGUCAAAUACGGUCUAUGGAUCUGAAACUGAAGAUGAAGCACAACCAGAGCGAGGCCGACCAGAAGAGCAUAAAGGCUGCUAAGGAGAGUCUCGAGACCCGCCUGGGGAAGCUACAAUACGCCCUGCGAAAAGCGGAGCAGUUCAAGAACCUACAAGAAGACCUCAUCAAGCGAGCGGCGCCCGCAAAUGAGCUCGGUGCGGAGGUGAAGCUGAAAGAGCUAAAGGACCAAGCCCGUAUUCUACAAGAGGCAUUCGACAACCCCGACCCCACGCGCUCCCAGGAAGACCUUGAGAUGGAUCGCGAAAUUCUCGCAGGUCAUCGCAGUGAGAUCACCACCCUCGAGCAGGCCUUCGAAGCAAAGGCCCAGGCCGAAUCCCGCGAUCACUACAUCGCCCGCUCCGUCUUGCCCAAAGCACUAAAGACCCCACCCGUCAAGCCCUACACACUGGAAGGUGUGAGUGUACGGUGGGCCGACAUGCAAGACGCCCUCUACGCAGCCGGCAAGUGGCCCGCAGCCAUCGAGCACGAGCCCUUGGAGAUCAACAAGGCCCGCGGCGAAACGUUAUUGCUUUCAGCCGAAGAGUACGAGGUCGAGAAGCAAAAUGAGAUUGGAAGGGUCAUGGAUGCGCUGAAUCUGAGGGAAGGGGAGUAUCUGGAAGAGAAGGAUGGGUUGAAGAGCUCGUUUGAUAGCCCGGCACUCAAGAGCGGGAUUGCCAUGUCGAUACCGCGGGAUGCUUUUAAGAGGGCGACUGUGUAGAGUGGGGUGUAUAGUAUGUAACAAGACAACGCGUAAAUGUAUUUGUGGGUGCUCAAAUGGACUGAUUUGUUGUUGAAGCGUUCUCGUUCACGUGUAUGGGACUGAUAUAGCUGCUGUGCAAUCUACUUGGCUUCCGCUGUGUUACGCUACAAGGUCUCGACAAGAGGUCUUCUGGUGACACCAGCCACAUUGUCGACUUCAAAGGCCCUGGCUAGGAGACCUUCAUCGGCGACUGCGUAGUUGUGACCGCCUGACAUGACGUGUAAGCUGGUCGCAGGAUGCAGUGUCGAGAAGUCUUACAAGACCUUCGCGCGCAGCCUUCACCUACGGCGUAAGCGCCCUCUGCGAGCCUGGGCCUCUUGC